GCGCAACCCCCAUUUCCCCACCACCCCCACCCUACUCCCCCGCUUCCGUUUCCUCGGACCCCCACCACCGCGGCGCGCCCACAUCCCUCAGAUGCAGCCGCCGCCCGCCGAGAUGCACCCCGCCGUCGCUGUCGAGGCCUCCGCCUCCACCGCGCAGGCCGACACCACCGCAAGCGCCGCCGCCGCCGCCGUCCCCGCACCCGAUCCCUCCCCGCCCCCGCCGGCGCCGGCGGCUGAGACGGUCGAUCCGCCGCCCCCGCCGCCCGCGCCGGCGCCCAAGACGGUCACCUGGAGCGAGAAGCUCACGUCCGACUCGCCGACGCACGUGCACGCCGCCGCCGCGGCGGAGUCCAGCCAGUACGUGUCCCGCGGGCCCGCAUCCUCCUCGUCUAAGGGCGCCGUGGAGGUGAUGAGGGAGACGCUGUCGAGGUGGGGGAAGUCGUGGGGGGAGACCACCAAGAUGGUCGAGAGCCUCAGCCGCGACACGUGGCAACACUUCAAGACUGGACCCAGUUUUACCGAAGCUGCUAUGGGACGCCUAGCACAAGGGACUAAAGUUUUAGCAGAAGGAGGCUAUGAAAAAAUAUUUAAGCAGACCUUCGAAGUUCUUCCAGAUGAGCAGCUGAAAAUAUGCUAUGCUUGUUAUCUCUCAACAUCGGCAGGUCCUGUCAUGGGAGUCUUGUAUAUUUCUACAGCGAAAAUUGCUUUCUGCAGUGAUAAUCCUCUGUCAUACAAAGCUGGAAAUAAAACUGAAUGGAGCUACUACAAGGUGGUCAUUCCUCUUCACCAGCUAAGAGCAGCUAAUCCUUCAGUAAGCAAAGUAAAUUCCGCUGAGAAGUACAUUCAGGUCGUUUCUGUUGAAGGCCAUGAGUUCUGGUUCAUGGGUUUUCUAAUGUACGACAAGGCUGCAGCCAGUCUUCAAGAAGCCUUGGCUACUGCUCGUGAGUUGCAACCGUAAAGGCACCAAGUGGUGUUUUUUCCGGUUACAUCAGUUUCCACAUCUCGAGUCCAGGCUGGGUCGCUGGGAUUCCUUAGCUUCUGAGUGUCUCCUGUUUCAGAUCCUUUUAGCUGAAGCUUUUGACACGGUACACUCACUAGCUUGCAUACGCCUCAGAAAUGUAUGUUAUUCCUGUCAAUGUUGUAGUCAUGAGAUAUAUAUGGAAAAACACUGCCGCUGUCCAUUUUGAAUGCAUGUCAAACAUUUAAAUGUGACAGAACUAUCAAUAUUUUCUACAUUUGAGAUGAGAUUAUGAGAUACAAGUUUAGAAAGUAGCA